AUGUCCAGCCUUGUCAUUCCUCUGGUCUCAACCACACUUCCGACGUGCAAACCGGAUCUCAUGCCUUUCCACAUCGACUACGAUGGUCCAGCACCUGUCUCCGCGUUCAUGCGCUCUAACGACGUCGACAUGGAAAACGCGACGCAGGACGCUCGCCAGGCACCGACGCCCGCCAUUACGUGGUCAAAGACAGAAUCGACCCUCGUGGUUGAGUCCCAAGCCUCCAGCUCGACUUCGAUAUCGUCCACAUCCACUUUCCAGCAACCUCCAGCAGCAGCCUUACCCCCGCGCCCCCGGGUUUAA